AUGAACCACACGGGGAGUGGAGCUGGUGAGGAUGAGAAACUCUUGGCAUUAUGUAAUAAUUUGCCUCUGAAAUCACCCGUUGUGCAAGUAUUGAUUGAUUUACAUGGCAGAAAAUUGAUUCAAGAUAGGAGCUGUUGCCAGAAAGUGAAGCUGGCUUCAUUUGUUCGGUUUAGGAUUAGAUCACUUGAUCCUUUGAUUGCUUGUUCUGAAUUGGUUAUUCAGAAUUUCGGAAAUAGUGGGAUCAAACAUGCAAGUCCCGUGUGGCAUUUGGCAAUGGGUAGGGGCAGAGGAAAAGGGAAGAAGCAAUCUGUUAUAUCUGAGGAUCCUGGAAGUGGUGAAGAGGAUAAAGUCCCAGCAUACAGAAGAAGAGGAAGACCACUAAAGCCACUGAUUGAUGAAAUUGAAGAAGUGGAAGUAACUGACAUUACAGAGAAAGAUGAGGAAAAUGUGAAAGGUAAUGGCUCUACCAAUGAUUUGAAAACUCAGGCUAUCACAGUAAAUAAAAGAAAAAGAAAGAGAUCCACACAGAUUAAAGAAAAGAUAGAUCCCAUGAAAGAGGAUAAUGGCAUCCUAGCAAAGUCAGGCCCUGAUGAUUCAAUAAAGUCUACUGGAUUCCGACAGAAUGGUAGCCGACGUAAGAACAAGCCUCGCCGUGCUGCUGAAGCUGGAGUAGAUUGCAAGUGA